AUAGUAUGUAUAUUUUUAGUGUGUAUCUAGGAUACGCUACAGUCUUUUAUUUAAUCUCUGUAGUGAGUAGUCUCUAAAUCUUAGUUUAUGGUUUUGUGGUAUUGAUGGCUGUUGUGUCGUUGUUAUUUUUUAUUUAUAAGGCCAAGUUUUAGUUUUAAAUAUAUGUCAAUAUGUUAUAUGUAAGCCAAAUUUACAGUGUUUAUGUAACGGUAACGGGUUUACAUAAUGCAUAAACUAUACAAGCAUCAGAAAGAUGUUGCAUAAUAACAAUCAAUUUGGACCGAGUGAUGUUCCAAUAAGUGCUGAGGCAAAUUUGACGUCUGAUCUUGUAAAUCCAAAUAAUGUGAACAGUAUAAAGAACUUAACUCAGCCAAUGCCACUGGUAGCAAACUCAGGAUGUAAUAUAUCAGAAUUUCCUUAUGGCUUAAAUAUGAACGCUGGUAUGAGCCAAUAUCCUAAUUUUUCAUCUGUUGGAUUUCCACAUAAUGUAAUGUCACAAAACUCUAUGAACUGGCCAAACAACACAUUUCCUAUGAAUUUGAACGCUACAAAUGGGCCAUUUGGUAUGUCUGUCGAUAGAAAACACUAUGAAAAAGAAGAAAAUUUAUUAAAUGUCCAUCAAAUCCCUAAAUAUAAGCCAGACGUAAACAAUUACAAUCAGUAUAACGAUAAUCUGUUUAGUAAUCAAAAUUAUCGACCAGUUCAUGCAAGCUACGAUGACAAUACAACAAAUAAACACAGAAUCCCUGGAGAUUAUAAACAGUAUUACGAAAGUAAUUUAGGUUUAAGUGUUAAAGUAGAUGAAAAGGAUUGCAAUCUAAGUAAGGUUUCCGAACCUAAUGAAAAUUGUUUACAAAAAGAUGUUAUAAAUAAAGUUAAAGAGGCACUUACAAUGGAACCUGAUAGCUGCAUCUCAAAUAAUCCAGUGACAGAUGUGGAAAAAAAUUUGACUGAAACUCAUACAAGUGAUACAGACACUUUUAGUUUGAAAACCUUUAAAGACUCUGAUUCUCGUAAGCGUAGCUUAGAAAAAACCCUAAGAAUGCUUGAAAUAAGCAUAAUAAAUAGUACAAAUUCCAGGAAAAAUUCUGAAACAACAGAAAGUCCAAGAAGUCAUACUGAUGCAUUUAAAGUUCCAACUGGUAAUGCUAUGACUACUUCAGAUAUAGAACAAAAUGAAGAACUAAGUUCAGAAUCACAGUAUUCUAACUCUACAUCAGUUGAAACAACAAAUCGAGAAGAAAACAGUAAACCAGAAGCAUCUAAGCAAACAAGUGAUGAUGAACAAUUUAAUGAUAUAUUGCCUUUAAAUAAAAUUAAACAAGAAACCAUACACACAGUUGAAGUUAAGUUAGAGGAGUGGACACCAGAUCUGGACACACCAAAUCCAUUUCAAAAAGAUACUUUUGGUGUUCCAAGUGAAGAUGUUUAUAACUGUCACAUUUUAGAUUCUGAAAAUGGUAUAAAUAUUGCUAAGGAACUUGCUAAAAAUGGUGGUACAACGGAAUCCUAUUUUGAAUGUCCAUAUUGUAGUCUUUACUUCAAUAACCCAAAGCGAUAUUUAAUUCAUUUAAAGUGGCAUUCCUUUGGUUUGACAAAUGAGAAGAGACUUGAGUUACAGCGGGAAAAAGAAAUGAAGAAAGUAUUAAAAAAACAGGCAAGAAUACAGAUAAAAAAGCAAAAUGAAGAGAAAAAAGAACAUGACGGCCCUAAUAAAUGUACAAUUUGUGACAAGGAAUUCAACACAUACAGCAGCUUAAAAACCCAUAGACAAAAAAUGCACCCAACCCGUGCAAGAACCUGCAAGAUAUGCAAUAAGAAUGUGUUAGGCUGGCUUGCUAUGAAGCAACAUAUGACAACGCACGAGGAAGCCAGCUUCAACUGUCCAGACUGUCCAAAGAGGUUUAAACAUGCACAUUCCUUAGCCAAACACCGAGAUACACAUAAGGAGAAAACACAUGGAUGCGCUCAGUGUCCAAAGAAGUUUGGUUCGGCGACUUUGCUUAACAUUCAUAUGAAGACGCACGAACGAAUGAUCCGUGGCGCUACUUUCCGUUGUACCUACUGCGGAAAGGGGUAUUAUGAAUCCUUUAGUUUGGCGGCACACGAACGUACGCACAGAAAUGAAAAGCCAUUCACGUGUGACAUUUGCAACUCCAGCUUUGGAACUAAUUCCAGUCUGAAGCGACAUUUGAAAGUUUCCCACAAUACAACAAAACCAUACGAAUGUCAGACCUGUCACAGAUGUUUUAUGCAGGAAUCGAUCCGCGAUCGCCACGAACUACGUCUACAUAGCAACCCGGAAGAUUUCAAAUAUCCUUGCAAGUUAUGUUCAUCGAAAUUCAUUGAAAUGAAGGAUCUAAAGAAACAUCUUUAUAAAGUGCACCCAAAAGUUAAAAGAAAGAAACAUUCUGAUGAUGAUUACUCUGAAUAGUACGUGAUCUAGAAACGUCUUCGUGUUGUACGUAUACGCGUAUAACGUACCCGACGUCCAAAUACUUCGAAUUCGGAUUACGAAAGUUUUUUUUUUUUUUUCAAUUACCGGUAAAACGAUAUGUGUGUAUUGAAAUAGUACGAAUGUUACUUUUAAAUUUUAAAAUGAUUGUGAUGUACUUAAAUGUUAUAGCACUCCAAAAGGUAGUUCAAAAUCACCAUCUUGACAGAUGUCAAAUUCAAAAUUGGGGACAAAUGUUGAUCUGAUGAUUUAUAUGGACCCCUCUGUCCCAGAUUCAAGAAUUCUUCCGAAAUUUUACUGUAAUAGAAAGAUUUAGAUAAAAAGAUUGUAUAUUUGAAUUUGUCUAUAGUUUGGAAGAAUAAAUAUGUAGUUAUUAAAAUGAAGACAUUCUUUUAUCAAGACAAAAAGUAAUAAUGAUGUAUUAACAUCAAUUAUUUAAUAAAAAAUUAACUAUUAGAUACCUAAUAGUGAACAGAUACUUUAUUUUGUACAUAAACAACUUUUACAAUUUUAUAGAUCGUUACCUAAGAUUAAUGUAAAAAUUAGGUAUAUAGAUAAUUUUAGGGAAAUUUAUACAUAUUAAUAUGGGCACAUUCUUAUCUGUUUUUAAGUUUAGUUCUUAAGGUUGGUUUAAGCACUAACUUGAAUAUAACACGGUUAAUACCUAACUUUAAACAAUUAUAUAAACGAAGCCAAUCGUAUUAGAAAGGAAAAUAUAUUUGUUUGACUUAUUAAUCAUUAGUGUCUCAAAUUUUUUUUAAAUAUAUUAUGUGUGAGUGUAAUUAAACCCGUCCUUUAUUACAUUACAAUAUACUGAUUUAGGUUAUUUAAUUCUAUUGGCGGGAUAAGUUUUGAUUAAUUAAUUGAAUGAUUAAUUCACCAAAGAAACAAAUUGAUAUAUUAAUAUAUUCGCAUGAUGAAAAGAUUAAUUUAAAUUAUAAAAAAAAAACAUUAAGUAGCUACUACGGCCAUAUAACCUAGAUCGAAAAUACAGUACUUGUUAGUAUGGUCACAAUUCUUUUUGUAUGGGAAAAAACAUUGUAACCAUGUUUAGAAACACUACUAACUAUACAAAUUUUAUGUUUUGUUUUUCCCUAUCUUCCUUUUCCUUUUCUUUUCUUUCAUUUUUUUUUAAUCAAAACAUAUUUUUAUAUUUGGAGUUCAUAGCAAGCCUCAGUAUGUCAAAGACCCAAAGGCAUAAAUUAUGAAUAAUUCUUUCAAGCAUUUCAAUUACACUCGCUAUCUUCUUAGGGGCCGUUCAAGUGUACUGCAAUUUAUAAUCCCCGCCCCCCCCUCCAUUUGAAAGCUAAAGUAAGCCAGCCAAUAAGCCAUAAACAUAUUAUUUAUUUGUAGGAAUCCUCGAAAAUACAGUGCAUUUUACAAUGUAUGGGUAAUGUGUAAAAAAGUUCAUAAUUAUUGUUGACGUAAUCACCGAACACAAAAGACCCAUCCUUUUUAGUGCUUACUUGGACGGCCCUUUAACUUUAAAUGAGUAUUGUUAUAAUUUAAUGUUAAUAAAGCUAUUAUGUUACUUUUUAGGAAAAUUGGUAGUGAUACAAAAAUCUCAAAAAAUUUUGUUACAAAUUAUUUGUAUAUAUUUUAACACAAACUAAGAGGUAUUUAAGAAUAGUUAAGUUAAAUGUUAAGAAUACAUAAUUUCAGAGUAUUGUUAUU